AUGGUGGUGUUGGAUCUCAAGGUCACAGCCUCGGAUGAGCCAUCCCUCAGAAAUAAUUACAAGAUCUUGAACACCAUCUGCCAAAGCAGCUUUGGUGAAGUGAAGCUCGCCUGCCAUCUCCUCACCCAGACCCAGGUGGCAUUGAAAAUCCUGCCAAGGAACUCCUCUAUUGUCACAUCAGAAACCGAUAUCAUGAAAUCCCUCAGCCAUCCCAAUGUCAUCCAGCUUUAUCAGGUAAUCAACACCACUGUCAACACCUACCUUGUAAUGGAGCAUGCGAGUCGGGGAAGGCUGCUGGACUGGAUCCAGGAGGAUGGACAUCUGCAGGAGGAGGAGGCCCGUCCAAUUUUCCAGCAGAUUGGGAGUGCUGUGCGUUACUGUCAUUCAAAAGGUGUCGUGCAUGGAGACCUGAGGCCAGAAAAUAUCCUGGUGGAUGGUGAGGGCAACAUCAAGCUCAGUGACUUUGGGCUGGGCGUGCAGGUGAGCCCUGGGCAGAAGCUGCACUCAUUCUUCUGCAGCCUCCCAUUUUGUGCCCCAGAGCUCCUGCAGGGAAAAGACUAUGAUGGACCCGCAGCUGAUAUGUGGAGCCUGGGAGUCCUCCUCUACUUUAUGACCAUGGGGUGCCUCCCUUUUCAAGCACCUACCCAUCCUGGGAUAAAGCAGAAGAUCCUGUGUGCAAAAUACUACAGCCCGUCUUAUCUUUCUGCAAAUGUACUAAAUGUAAUUGGUCAGUUACUCACCCUGGACCCCAGCAAGAGGGCUACUGUAGACUGCAUCAUGCACCACCCGUGGCUCACGCAAGGUGAGGUGCCUUCUCUUGAGUUUUCCGUGGAGGAGUUCCCCAGUCUCCCAAACCCCAUUAUUAUAACCAUCAUGGCUGAUUUGGGGUAUGACCCUUAUGAGGUCCUGGAAUCUUUAAAAGCACAAACCUUCAAUGGAACAAUGGCUACGUAUCUGAUAUUACAACACAAGAGCCCCUGGGAGAACAGCCAGGAGAACCAAGUGAAGCCUGUGCAGCCAGUUGUUACACCUUGUAUGACCCCUGCCGAUCUUUCCACCUUCCCUCUUCCCCUGAACCAGACAGCCAGCAAACCUGCCCUUCACACCUCCCCCUGCAAAUGGCAGCCUGCCAUCAAGGUGAUGAUGCUGCCCUUUGUACCCACUCCAUGA